AUGUCUGACACGGAAGUUGAGUCAUUAAACACGAUGCUUCCGCUAACGGUUCCGGAAAUUAUCGAUAUCAUCAAAGAUUCAGCAACCGAAUGUUCGAAAAGUAAAGAUUAUAUCAGCUUUUCUACAGUGUUGGAUGUCUAUUUGGAUGAUUGGAGUAUAUAUAACGCAGAAGAGAGAACCCAACUGAUGGAUACUUUAUAUGAAGUUCUUGAGGCAGACAAACAGUUGCUAGCUGAAAUUGGCUGGGAUUUACCGCCACUAUUGUUACCCUUGAUUGAAGAUGGUUGGCCAGUAAAAUUCGGUUUGCGUGAGUCUUUUCCGGUUGUUUGGCUUUACAAGAUGUUUAACUUACUUACAGAAAAUGGUGAUCCAAAGGCGCUCUUGUUGACCUGCUGUGAGCAAAUUAAGAUUCUGAAAGAUACCGAUCAGGAUGAGCCAGUUGAUCCUGUCCUUUUUGAGGAAAUUAAAAAUAGCUUAUCUGAGGAGUAUAAGAGUAAGUUUGAUGACGUGGAUGAAAGAAUUGCUAACUAUAUCACUAUUAAGAGAGGGGGGUUUUUGGUUAUUAAAUUUCAUGCCUUAUUUGAGUGUAUCAAAUUUUCACUAAGGAAAAUUGACACACUUUAUCCUUCAAAAUUCCUAGGAAUGGUUGUCUCCACUAUUUUAAACUUCUUUAAUAAUGCCAAAUCCUCUUCUGGUGAAAUCUCGGUUUUGCGUGCUGUCUAUUUGUUCAUGAGAGACUAUGUUCCUCCGGAUAUUCCAAAGGGAAUUGUUGAAAGAGAAGAACUAUCAGAAGAGGAGUUUGAAAAGAUCUUUGGAGACGAAAAUUAUCUACAGAGAAAAUUACUAUGCUUUUUGUUAGGAGCUUGUGUGGAUAGGAUGUCACAGUCUCAUCCAGUGCCACUUAUUAUUGCCUUAAUGCCCAGCUUAAUUGACUAUGAAAUGUCGAGUGCAGCAAAAAAUUAUGUGGAGUUGCUGAAUAGGUUGGUUACUCUACAACUAUCAUUUGAUAUUGAUGUGGAGCACCAACUAAUGACGGAGAUUCAAGAUUGUCAUGGAUUGCUAAUCAAAAAUAUUGAAAAUGUCAACACUGCAGAAGAUAUGGUUAAAGUUGUCAUUUCGACUUAUAACAAUACAUCUUUUAGAGAAAAAAAGCCUACCGGACUAACUCUCACCAAUAGUUCUUUAAUUAUAUUGUACAUGUUUGCGGGAUAUGUGGAUCAUGUAAAUAGUACCAUUCAAGCUCCGCUUGAUACUCUUUCACUAAUCGCCUUGCAACUUUUCAUGUUCAUUCCCUAUACUGUUGACACAUCUUUGACUAACUUAGCAGCAUUUUCUUAUCUUUUGGUCAUGACUAUUUUGAACAUUGAAAAGACGAAACAGGUUGCAAGCGCAAGUCAGCUUGCUAACAAGAGGAUUCGGCUAUUGGUACUUACAUACUUGCAGACUGUCACUUCUGUUGUAUCAUUAUGUGGCUUGAAAAAUAUCAGGAAACUAUUCUCCAAAUUCCUAAACAAAUUUCUUCAACAUCUUCCAGAAGAUAUAAGUUACUCUUUUAUUUUGGAUACACUGGAAAAUUGUCCCUUUGAUGAUAGUGUCGUAUGUGUCUUAACUGUUUACAAACACUUAGUCUCUGCUGUGAAGUUUGAUGGUGAAAAAUUUGUACAAAACUUUGAGGCAUUGGAUCUCAAAAAAAAAACUUAUCCUAAGCCACCAUCGAUUCCUCCAAGAAAUCUGGUUGAUUAUAAACCGUUUAUUGAAUUUACUGAAUUCAGACAGAAGGAAUUCACGAACACCUUUGGAAAAGUAAUAAGUGAAACAUUUCCUUCAACACCGCUGGGGAUUGAUGUUCUGAAAACAGGUAAACUCGUUGCUUUUAUAAAUUUCGUCAUAAAAGCAGAUUUCAAAGACAAGGAUGAAAUAAAGUCACUUUUGAAGAGAAUCAAUGGAUUUAUUGUUAAGGUUGAUUCCAAGAAUACAGCAGGUGUUCAGUAUUUUGUGGAUAAGAUCAAUUUUGCCGUUGACGAAGUUUUGAGAAAGAUUUGA